AUGUGGGAAUGUAUUAAAAAAGCCUUGUUAAACUCACUUUCCAUUAGCUGCUUGGCCAUCUGGAACUGGAUCCGAGCUUUCUGGAGAAAGAAUGGCCUGUUGACUCUUUCGAUGCUCUCUGUUGUAACUGGAUGCCUGCUCGGAUUUCUGCUAAGGGUUUUGGAGCUGACAGAUCUGGAGAAGCAAUACUUUUCUUUUCCUGGAGAGCUCCUUAUGAGGAUGUUAAAAAUGCUGAUUCUACCCCUCAUUACUUCUAGCCUGAUGUCUGGCCUGGCCACCAUGGACUCCAGGGCCUGUGGGAAAAUGGGGUUGAUCACACUCACCUAUUAUCUUUGGACGACAUUCAUGGCUGUAACUGUUGGGAUUGUGCUUGUGAUCAACAUUCAUCCAGGUGCUGCUGCCCAAAAGGAGGAGUAUACCGCGGGCAAAGUGGUGCUGAGCUCUGCAGAUGCCUUACUGGAUUUAAUCAGAAAUAUGUUUCCUUCUAACCUGAUUGAGGCUUCAUUCCAGCAGUAUCGAACAGUUCUCGUCCCAGUGGUGAAAUCUUCAGGCUUUCCAAAGAUCCCAGGGAAACCUCUCAGCUUCAUUUACUUUGCCCCUGACGAUGAAAAUCCCGAAAUCCAAAGGCCUGUGCUUCUUGAGAUCACCCCGUCUCCAGAAAUGACCUACCGGAUCCUGCCUGGGACCAGCAAUGAAAUGAAUGUCUUGGGGAUUGUCAUCUUCUCUGCUACAAUAGGCCUCCUUCUAGGGAAAAUGGGUGAGCGCGGAACUCCUUUAGUCAACGUGUGCCAGUGUCUGAACGAAGCAGUUAUGAAGAUUGUUUCAAUGGCGGUUUGGUACUUCCCAUUUGGCAUUGUGUUUCUCAUUGCUGGGAAGAUUUUGGAAAUGGAGGAUCCAGUUGUGAUUGGAAAGAAAUUGGGACUCUACGCCAUAACGGUGGUGACAGGGCUAGUCAUCCAUGGACUUAUCCUCUUGCCUUUGCUUUUCACCCUCAUUACUAGGAAAAACCCCUUUGCUUUCAUCCGGGGAAUACUGCAAGCCCUGCUGAUCGCCCUCGCGACAUCAUCCAGCUCAGCAACCCUGCCCAUCACCCUGAAAUGUCUUCUGGAAAACAAUGGGAUAGACAGACGGGUGGCACGAUUCGUUCUCCCCGUUGGAGCAACGAUUAAUAUGGAUGGGACUGCACUGUACGAGGCAGUCGCUGCGAUCUUUAUUGCUCAGGUCAACGAGUACGAUUUGGACUUGGGACAAAUUAUAACUAUCAGCAUAACAGCGACAGCAGCAAGCAUAGGUGCAGCGGGAAUUCCCCAAUCAGGACUCGUUACAAUGGUCAUUGUACUAACCUCUGUUGGCCUUCCCACCGAUGACAUCACACUGAUCAUUGCAGUUGACUGGGCUUUAGAUCGACUUAGAACAAUGACCAAUGUCCUGGGUGAUGCACUUGCUGCGGGCAUCAUAGCACACGUCUGCCAGAAAGAUUUUGCCCCAAAGCCAGAGAAACAAGAUCCAGUGAGCAACACAGAGAAGCUUUCUUCUGCAGAGAACUCCCUUCUCCAGCCCAAAGACCAUGUGAUGGAAAUGAUUGUAGAAACCUUGUCCGAACAAACAGGAGUUAAUUACAAUAUCUGCCAGGUGUAAUGGCCACAGCAUUUUCAUCCCCAGGAAGGGGAUUUUGGUGCUAAAA